ACGGCAGGACUUGACCGGAUAAACGAAGAGCCCCGACACCGUCCCCACCCGCACCAGGCCUCGACGAGCCCGCCGUCGACGAGCCCGCCAGGCCGUGGCCACCCCUAGCGCAGCGACUAAGGCCAGGGCGGAGGCGAGGAACCAGCCGGGCCGGGCCUUGGGCAGGGCGAGGAGGCCGGAGUCACCCAUAACGACUGCAGCUCCAGCAAGAGCGAGCCUGCAAAAGGCGCGUCGGGCGGAAGGGGGGCGUUAUCAGAGAAGCAGGCAGGCGGCUCCCUGGUGGGGAUGGGCUUUCUUGCUGCACUCUUUCAUUGCUGGGCAAGGUGGAAUGUUGCACCCCCUGCCGUCGGCAGAGGGCGAUUUUGAGAGGAUUUCGUACGUAAGGCAUGGCUCAAACUGGACCAGAUUCAGGAAUGUGGGACAGUAACUUUUAUUUAAUUCCAAUUCAGAAGCCAAAACGGCGUGAACGAGCUUUCGAGAAUCCUGUUAACUCUUCAGGCUGGCUGUUCAGUACUAAAAGGAGGAGACAGUGGAACAUCUAACUAUGGAAGAUAAUGGAGUGAAAGGAAACAUAAUUUUUGUUCCUUUCAGAACAGAUGAAGAGCAAAGUAAUUUGACUAACAUGAGGUCAUAAUGGACUGCUGGCUGUGAUGACUGGUACUUCUGACAUCAUAAUGAGGACCUUGGCAACAGCUGACGCAUAAACACAGAAGCCAUUGCUUUGUGAACUCACACUAACCUUGGCUGACCAAGCAAAAGUGUUACCUGGUGAACUCUCUCUGCAUCUGAAGUUUGAAGUAUCUGGAGUCUUGAUCUCAAGCUCUCAGCUUGAGCCCAGGAUACUGAGCUGGGACCAGAGGUUCCAACUGUCCCGUGGCUUCUCUUUACAUACUAAACUGAUAUCCUUUCAAGACUUUGUCUCAGCUUACUUGAACUAUUCAAUUAGGACUCCACAGAAGGCUUAAAUCCUAUCUUUCAAGGAUAGAGGGACAAAACCCAAGUUCUGAGACUUGACAAAAGAAGAAGCAAGAGGACUUGGUGAAAAAGAGAGCCAAAGCAAGAUGGGAGACUGGAAAGCCUACAUCAACACCAUCCUGAAGGACAAAAACAUUGAAGAUGUAGCCAUUGUGGGACAUUCUGACAAUAAGUCAGUAUGGGCGUCUAAACCAGGAGGCCUCCUGGCAGCCAUCUCUCCUCAGGAAGUGGGAGUGAUCACUGGAAAGGACAGAAAGGCAUUCCUGCAGAGUGGAAUCACCAUAGCUGGCAAGAAGUGCAGUGUGAUCCGUGACAAUUUGCUAGUGGAUAAAGAUGCUGUGAUGGACACUAGAACCAAAGGUGGCGACAGCAAAUCUAUCUGUAUUGGGAAGACUGCAAAAGCUCUCAUCUUCCUCAUGGGCAAGAAGGGAGUCCACGGAGGCGCUCUUAAUAAGAAGAUGCAUGACUUGAUAGCAAGCAUGAAAGCAAAAGGCAGCUAAAGACUGACUUGCAGCUCAGCCAUUUUUCUCCUGGCUCAAGGAUGUGGGGCAAUUAUCAUUAGCUUAAAAUAAAAGGCAUUUACACAG